CCCAUCCCAGCCAGCCCACCAUAGGCGCUCCUCCUCAGCGUCUGGUGCGCGCCAAGGCCGCGCGCGCCCGGCUUGAGCGUAGCGGCGGCCCCCUUUAGGCGGGGACUGGAGCUGCCCUUGGGAAGGAAGGGAAAAGAAGGAGUUUGGACAGUGAGGAGAGCAGCCGCUGCCGCCGCCUCCUUCUUCGCUUCGGCAGCAUGAUGUUCGCCCAGCAACAGCAGCGGGAACCGCCGCCGCCACCCCCUCGAGGCUGAGUCGCCUGCCGCCGAGUGAGGCGGGCGCUCGGUCACUCCUCUGCUUUCUGUUGACCUCCCGGCGAGGCGGGCCGAGGCAAGCCGGGCUGGUCGCCGGCCCACUUCAGGGCUGCGGUGCAUGUUCUCUCCCUGCGAGUGCGUGAGGCGAGGCGGCAGGAGGACUAUGAAAAUGAUCCGGUUCCGGAGCUCGAGCAUCAGGUCUUUGAGCCAGGAGAUGAAAUGCACUAUCCGAUUGCUGGACGAUUCCGAGAUCUCCUGCCACAUCCAGAGAGAGACCAAAGGUCAGUUUCUCAUAGAUCAUGUUUGCAAUCAUUACAGUUUGUUGGAAAAGGACUACUUUGGAAUUCGGUAUGUGGAUCCUGAAAAGCAGCGGCACUGGCUUGAGCCCAACAAGUCUAUCUGCAAGCAAAUGAAAUCUCAUCCACCAUAUACCAUGUGCUUUAGAGUGAAAUUCUACCCACAUGAACCCCUGAAAAUUAAAGAAGAGCUUACCAGGUACCUCUUGUAUCUACAAAUCAAAAGAGAUAUUUUCCAUGGCCGUUUGCUGUGCUCUUUUUCUGAUGCUGCUUAUUUGGGUGCAUCUAUAGUACAAGCUGAGCUUGGUGACUAUGAUCCUGAUGAACAACUGGACAAUUAUGUUGGUGACUUCAAGAUUUUCCCCAAACAGUCCCAAAAGCUGGAAAGAAAAAUAGCUGAAAUACAUAAAAAUGAAUUCAGCGGUCAGAGACCAGCUGUUGCUGAGUUUAAUUUAUUACUGAAAGCACAUUCUUUAGAAACCUAUGGUGUUGAUCCCCAUCCUUGCAAGGAUUCAACAGGGACCACAACAUUUUUAGGAUUCACAGCUGCAGGUUUUGUAGUUUUCCAGGGGAAUAAAAGGAUACAUUUGCUAAAAUGGUCUGAUGUCUAUAAAUUAAAAUUUGAAGGGAAGACAUUUUAUGUGAUUGGAACUCAGAAGGAGAAAAAGGCUAUGUUGUCAUUCCAUACCUCUACACCAGCAGCCUGCAAGCAUCUUUGGAAGUGUGGAGUGGAAAACCAGGCUUUUUAUAAGUAUGCAAAAUCCAGCCAAAUCAAAACUAUGUCUAGCAGCAAAAUAAUUUUUAAAGGCAGUAGGUUUCGAUACAAUGGAAAAGUUGCCAAAGAGGUUGUUGAAGCAAGUUCUAAAAUCCAGAGGGAUCCUCCUGAAGUGCUAAGAACCAGCAUGAUGCAAAGUCGCAGUUUUCAUUCCUUGAACAAACAGCUCAUCAUUAAUAUGGAGCCCCUGCAACCUCUCCUUCCUUCCCCUGAUGACCAGGAAGAGGUUCCCUCUGAUGAAGGGGAAGACCCCGCCAUCAGCUCUCACCUGGUCCAGCAUGAUCCCACCCCUGUGUUUCUUCCUGGAAGUCUUGCAGCUUGGGAAUCUGGCUGUUUCUCCAGGCCCUGUGAUUCUCCCUCCCAUGUUCGUGCCCCCAGGUGUCUUGGUAUUCAGCUGCCGAAGGAAGAUGAUGUUUCAAUACCUGUGCUAUCCAACUCUCCUGCUAAGGAGACGGACGAUAGUUCAGACCUUUCCAUUGAAGAAGUGAAAAUCAAGGAGGAACCUUUAACUAUCUCUGAAUUGGUGUACAACCCAAGCACCAGCUUGCUUCCCACGCCAGUCAAUGAUGAGGAGAUUGACCUGCUAUUUCAAACCUCUCCUAGAGCAGAAAAUGAGAAAGAAGAUACAGAUUCAUUUGAGGAACUAGAGGCAGAUGAAAAUGCAUUUUUAGUUGCAGAGGAAGAGGAGCUGAAAGAAGCUCGGAAAGCUCUUAGGUGGAGCUAUAACUUUUUGAUGGGUAACAUGAAGGUAAAUGCUGUUGUGAAAAGUUUUUCCAGACUUCUUCUUGUUGGUCUUGGAAUACUGCUAGUUGUUUUCCCUCUUCUACUUGUGCUUUUGGAAUCAGAUGUUGAUAUCUCCUUUCUCCAUGAAAUCCGGCAGACGCCAGAGUUUCAGCAAUUUCACAUUGAAUAUUACUGUCCUCUUAGACAGUGGGUGGCCUGCAAAAUAAAUUUUGUUAGUCACUUGCUCGGUAGCUCUUAAAUGCUAAGAACUUAUUAUACAACUAAGGGCUAUAUUCAAAACUAGUGAAUUUCAGGCAGUACUAGGUGCUCACUCGCAAACAUCCGCAAGGCCGUCAGCAAGUAGGUCUUCAUUUUUUUAUCCAUAGUGGACUUAAAAUGCUUAAGUUUCCUUUCCACAAUCAGAUAGCUGGCUUUGCUACAUGGUGGCCUUUAAAUAACCAAAAAGCUAUUUGAUUUUUAUUAUCUGUUUUAUCAAUGACUUUGCAGAACUUCAAUUUAUUGUCUGUAUCAUUACAAGCCAUGAUAUUCUAAAUUUAAGUAUUAGUCAGAGAGAGGUGAUGCUUUUGAAUAUACUCCUUAGUGAAACAAUCUGCUAACCAAUGCCUAUACAAGCAAUGUUGAUUGCUGGGAUUUUGUUUCUUUGAUUUUUCAUUUUAAAAAAUAUUUUUAUGUGUUUACAAGAUUUUGGUAAAUUUUUAGCAAAGACAACUUCUGAAGAUAUUUAAGUGUACAGAUUGAUAAAUAAAAUGCACAAGGGCAUGUUAUGAAUUUUUAAAAUGUUUUAGCAAUUUUUUAAAAAAUUGAAGAAUAAAAAUUCUUACAGAUCUGCACAAGGUGAUGAGUAGAAGGAAGUUCAUUUAAAUGUAGGCAGGGUCUGAGGGAUGGAGAUGACGUAGCAGGUCCUCAAGGACUGGGUUUCUGGGGGCUCAACUGGACAUUCAGAAGCAAUGUGAGAUUUGCAAUAUUAUGUUUGCCUUGUUAUGUCAGUUUAGGGGCCAGGAGAACUGGCAGACAGGAGCAAAUGCUUAACCCUUCCUUUGCAUACUGAUUCUUCCUUUCAAAUGCUGCCCUGGGCCAUUUCCCAUCAGUAAGACUCCAUUGAAGAAGAUCCUGCUGGCUAUGGGGAAAUGACCUGGGGAAA